AUGUUAACCGGCUUCCAUGAUAACAAAGGGGAUGAAAUCAACGUGGUAGACUUAAUUAAAAAUUAUGACUGGUCAUCAACUUGUCUCGGCUCUAUGGAUUCAUGGGAACCUUCGCUUAGGACCGCUUUGGCAUCAGAUUUAUCAUUAAUUAUAAUUAACUUAAGACUCAAAGCAACCAGAAAAGGCAUAAUUCAUAAUGAUCUUGCCCUUCAAAGUGCUCAUGAUGAAUUAGAACAUUAUACUAGUUUUUUUACAAGCCCAAUUUAUAAAGAAGAUGGGUCACUUUGGGCUAUGUCGAUUGUGAACUUUACUACAACUCAUGAAGUUUUACUUAAUAGAAGGUUAAAAAUUCUUGGAGAUUUAAGGAAUAGAAUUAAUGUAUUAUAUGAAAAUAAUAAAGAUAUCAAUUUCGCAUUGUUUUACCGUGUUGAUAACAAGAAAUUAAGUUCCGGUUUUCGACCUUGUUCUGCUCGUCUAACAGCCUCCACGUUUAAUAAUAAUAUUUGUGACAGUAUAUCUGAUAAAUUAUUAGAAACUUCUGAAAUAAUUGAUCUAAGCAAAAAUGAGGAUGAAAAUUAUAACGAAUAUAUAGAAAUAAAGAAGGCAAUGAUAUCUCAUUUAUUUUUGAAAUGUAAAUCUUGGCCGAUUCAUCUUGUGAUAAAACAAGAUAUGCAUAUAAAAGUUCUUUUAAAAGAUGGAUCUCAAGCUGUAUUAUUUCCGGUUAAAUCUCCAUAUGAAGGAUAUCAAAGUUUAUUAGCUGUCUUAAUAUGUGGUAUUAAUCCAUGUUAUCCACUUGAUGAGAAAUAUAUGGAAUUUUUACAAUUAAUUGUAAAUCAUGUUAGCUUAACAUUAACACGAUGUAUAUUAAGAAAAGAGGAAGAAGAACAUAUAAAAAUGUUGGAUGAUUUAAACCGUCAAAAAGUCAUGUUUUUCCAAAACGUUGGUCAUGAACUACUCACACCGUUAACAUUAAUACUUUUGCCGCUUGAUGAAGCAAUUAAUUCAUGCAUGCAAGAAACGAUUAUUCAUUUACACCUUCAAACUAUUCAACGUAACACUUAUCGAUUACUCAAACUAGUAAACAAUUUGCAUCAGUUUUCGAUCGUUGAAAGUGGUCAAUUAGAACCACAUUAUUGUGAAACUGAUAUAGCAAAAUUUACUUCUGAAUUAGCAGCUAAUUUUAAUGAAAUAGCUAAAAAGCUAAACUUAGAUUAUAUUAUAGAUAUUCCAAAUCCAGAUGAGUUUAAAAAGGCAUUAGGCAAUAAAGUUUAUCUUGAUCAUGACAUUACUUGCACUGUUAAAGGUUCAAAUGCAUUUAAGAAUACUUGGAAUGGACAAAUCUGUGUUUGCUUGUAUAUUGAACAGGAAGAUGAAAGAAAUACAAUAAUUCUUGAAGUGUCAGAUACAGGUGUUGGUAUUUCUGAAAGUGAUAUUCCAAAAUUAUUCCAGCGGUUUCAGCGCGUAGGAUCUCAACGAUCGCGUAGCUACGAAGGUAGCGGGGUUGGUCUUGCUCUUGUAAAAGAGCUUGUUAAAUAUCAUGGUGGAAAUAUUACGGCAACCUCAAAACUUGGCCGAGGAACAACAUUUAAAUGCCGGUUUCUAACAGGAUUUGAGCAUUUACCAAGGAAAAAUGUUUAUAUUAAUAAAAAAGUAGAUGAAUUGAAUCAAGAACAGAAAUUGUACACAAAAAAACAACUAUAUUUAGAAGAAAAUUUGCAAUGGUCACAAAGCAAUGAACCUACAACUAAAAAAGAGUUAUUAAUUCCAGAAUCAAUAGAUGAUAGGUCUGUGAUUGCUAAGACGGUGAAACAUAAAGUUUUACUUGUUGAGGAUAAUUUAGACAUGAAAAAUUAUCUGGAAGAAUUAUUAAGAAAAGAGUUUGAAGUUUAUUGUGCUUACGAUGGCUACGAUGCUAUGAUGCUUUUAGCAAAACUACCUAAACAGCCAGAUUUAAUUCUUAGUGAUAUCAUGAUGCCAAAUAUGGAUGGGUAUACACUAUUAAAUAAACUAAGAUCUAAUCCAACGACACAAUUAAUUCCGGUGAUCUUAUUAACUGCAAGGGCUGAUGAAUUUUCAGGAUUAGAUUAUGGUGCAAACGACUACAUAGUAAAGCCAUUUAGUUCACGGGAAUUAAUCGCUCGUAUAAACACUAAUAUUGAAAUUUCACAACUUCGCUGUCAAUUAAUAUCUCUACAUUGUAAGCAAGAAGAAGUCAAACAAUUAUUAAUUUCAAUUUCAAGUAAUAUUCUUUCCGGAUUGGAUUUAAAAGAAAUGCUUCCAAAAACUGUUGAAGAUAUCCACCAACUAUUACCAUGCGAUAGUGUAUUUGUUAUUUCUGAUAAUCCAUUCGAACUUAAAAGCCGUACAAUAAUUGCAGUAAGUGAUUACUGUGGUUUAGUUUACUUAACACCUAAAAAUUCUAAUAUGCAACAAACGAUGACAAAUCAGCAAAAAUUUUCAAAUUAUAAUGAUAAGGAAUUUAAAGUAGAGGUCUUACCUAAUACAUAUUGUUUUGAUUUUGGCAAACAAGUCUCUAUGAUAUCUGCAAAGAUAAAAGUUAAUAAUGGAGAUUUGAUGUGGAUAAAGGCACAUAGAGCACCGAAUUCUACUUGGCUUGAUUCAGAAAUUGAUUUAUUUCAACAAAUAUCAAAUCAAAUGAAUUUAAUGUUUAAUUAUAAAUCAUCAUUAGAUGACAUAUUUGUGAGGGAAGUACAAAUAGAAGCAAUUAAAGCUGCUAAUAAUGUUAAGAGUUUGAUAUUAGCCAAUGUUUCUCAUGAGUUACGAACACCACUAGGAGCAAUUAUUGGUAUCACUUCUUCUUUUGAAAAUGAAUUAUCGACCAUUCAGCAAAAAGAAAUGGCUAAAAUAUUAUUAAAUGUUUCUGACUCAGUAUUAUCUAUGGUUAAUAAUUUUCUCAACGAAGCAAAAUUAGAAAAACAUAAAAAUACAUCAAUAACUUUUAAUUUAUUGGAUUUAUUUGAAGAUACAAUUGAACUAUUUAGUGAAGGGGUUGGUAAUAAACAAGUAGAAUUAAUUUUGAAUUACGAAUCAGAUACUUUGCCGCGAUAUGUUAAAAGUGAACCUGAAAGAAUCAAAUUUACCAAAGAAGGUGAAAUAAUUUUGCAAGUCUCAUUAAAAACACAGAGUAUUUCAUACGAAAAAUUUGGAAGUGAAAUAGCUAAAAAAGCAACAUUGUUAGUUGAAUUAAGUGAUACUGGUAUUGGUUCUGAAUUCAUAAACAAUAUUUGGAAAGGUAACUUUAAUGUUAACGGAACAGGAUUUGGAUUAAUGACAUGUAAAAAACUAGUAGAUAUUAAUGGUGGUGAAAUAGGUGUAGAAAGCCAAUUAGGUAAAGGAAGUAAAUUUUGGUUUGCGUGGAAUGUUGAAAUAACACCAGCUGGACAAAGUAGUUUAGAACGAUCUUAUAACUUACUUAAUACGCUAGUUGAUGAGCCAAUUAAUCGUGUAUUAUUGAUUUAUCCAUCUAAAAAUGCAAGAAAUGCAAUAGUAAAUUAUUUUAAACAUAGUAUAUCGGUCGAUUUAUAUGAUACAUAUGAUCAAGGAAUUAAAGCAGCAAAAUAUUACAAAGCAACAUAUAAUCAGACACCUUAUGGCACAAUUUUUAUCGAUCUUUAUGAAAUUAAUGAAGAUGAAAUUUUAAAAGCCGCGCUAGAAUUAAGAGAAAUAAAUGGCGAUAAUUCAUUAAUAAUUUUUAUCGCAUUUUCAAACACGAAUAGGAGAACUUUAGUCAAAAAAUUGAUCAAUAAAAUUAGUGGAAAG